GGACCGAGAGACGGCGGCGCGUGAGUAGCGGCAGGAUGGCAGGGCAGGAUCCCACACCUUCGUCCUGCGACUGCUUCGUGGCGCUGCCGCCACACAGCGCUACACCCGCUGUCAUCUUCGGCAAGAACGCCGACCGUCCACGCCACGAAGUCCAGGAAAUCGUCUACGUCCCCGCUGCCAUCCACCGUCCCGGGGACAAAGUCCAAUGCACCUACCUGGAGAUCGAGCAGGCAGAGAGAACCCACGCCGUGGUGCUGAGCCGUCCUGCCUGGCUGUGGGGUGCCGAGAUGGGUGCCAAUGAACACGGCGUCUGUGUGGGCAACGAGGGCGUAUGGACCCGUGAGCCGGUUGGGGAGGACGAGGCACUACUGGGGAUGGACCUGGUGAGGCUGGGUUUGGAGCGGGGCAGCUCUGCCCGAGAGGCUCUGGAGGUGAUCACGGCGUUGCUUGAGCGCUACGGACAGGGUGGGAGCUGCAAGGAGGAGCCAGUGCCCUUCAUCUACCACAACACCUUCCUGCUGGCUGACCGCACGGAGGCCUGGGUGCUGGAGACAGCCGGCCGGUACUGGGCAGCCCAACGCAUCCAGGAGGGCAGCCGCAACAUCUCCAACCAGCUCAGCAUCGGGAAGGAGAUCACGGCCGAGCACGUGGGGCUGCGGCAGCGAGCCCACAGCCAGGGCUGGUGGAGCGGGGACGGCAGUUUCAGCUUCGCCGAGGUCUUCUCCCUGCCACAGCAGCCCCCACGUAUGGAGGCCGCCAAGGCCCGCUACCAUGCGGGCAAGGAGCUGCUGCGGCAGCAUGCAGGUCACAUCACGGCAGAGACGCUCAUGGGCAUCCUGCGGGACAAGGCCAGCGGGAUCUGUGUGGACUCGGAGGGCUUCCGCACGGCCGGCAGCAUGGUGUCUGUGCUGCCCCGGGACCCCUCCUUGCCCUGUGUCCACUUCUUCACGGCCACCCCUGACCCUUCCAGGUCUGUUUUCAAACCCUUCAUCUUCGUGGCUGGCCUCAAGCCCGUGCCACAGGUGAGGUCUCCCACCUUCGUGACGACCCCCGCCAAGCAGAUCCCACGCUUCCAGAGCACGGUCGAUCGGCAGCACGAGCUGUACCGCCGGCAUCAGGCAGCGCUGGAGCUGAUGGAGAGGGACCAGGAGCAAGGCCAGAAGCUCCUGCAGAUGCUGCGGGGCCUGGAGAAGCAGGGCCUGGAGGGGAUGGAUGCGCUGCUGAGGGGAACAGUGGCUGCCCGCCCAGAGGACCUGACUGACCUCUUCUUUGACUGCGUGGAGGCAGAGAUGAAGUUUUACACAUAACCCCAUGCAGGUGGGUGGUCUCAGCACAGCCUCCAGCCCCCUAACCUGCCCCAGAGGAAUCGCGGCCUUUGAGAGGUGGCUAUGGCCUGAAACACAGGUGCAGAGGGAAAGGAGAGGGACGUUGGAGCGAGGUUUGGAGUCCUGCCCGCAGCCUGGCAUGUCUUUUCCCACCAUCAGGCAGAGCCUGCUGUGCCUAGCCCCGCUGGGACUGGCUGUGGAGCUGGGGGAUCUGUGGCAGACAGGAUUGC